AGUGACUCGACUGGCUCCUGACCCAUGUCCGUGCCCGGCGCCUCAUGUUUCACGCCCUAACCCCAGUAUACUAUCAGCGAUCAGGUGUGUCAAAAUAUAUAUAUUUUCGGUCACCAUUCGCCCUCUAUCAUAGGCUCGAGAGCAGCGCCCGCUCUCCCUCUCACGCCGCCCCAAAUACUCUGUUAACCGUGGCGGUUGAGCUUAAGGGGCAAGUGCGCCACCUAGUUCUCACGGCCAUCUCGAGCCCCCUUUCCCCGCCAACUCGGGCAGAGCAGAUGUCCCAUGCGCACCUCCCUGGCCGUGAACAAGGUAAUAGCCAGUCGAAAAAUUUGCGGCUAAGCGAAACUUAAUUUAUGACAAAAGAUGGAUUACCAAAAAAUGACACUUUUUCACGACCAAGGAGAUUCGGCCCGGACCCUGCCGGACCCCUCUCCUGACCCCUCCACCAUCGUGCGCGCCGUUAACAGCCAUCAACCCCCCGAGCCAACCAAGGAUGAGCUGAAGACGGUUACAUUGCACUGCUCUACAGAGAGCGCCGCCAGGGCUGAUCAGACCCCGUACCUUUCUGCCUGCGUCGGGCACAAAAAAGUCAUCCCGCGGUGGAAGCCGGGCUCAGACCUCCGCUUCGCCUUUUGGGAAAGCAGCUUUCCGCCCUCGCACAACGCUAAACGUGUGGAAAAGGCACUCACUGUUGCCGUAGACGACUGGAGCAGGAGAAAGGUUGUGCAACUCCGGCGCGUAGUCCUGGACGAGCCCCAUGUCUUCGUCGUCGCCUACAGUGCCCAGAAGCGCCAACACUAUGCCGAAGCAUUCUUUCCCGACAGCGACAAACGGGUAUUGCGUAUUUUCGAGGAAGCUCUGUCAGUGAAGUGCGACGGCUUCUUAGCCGAAAUCCUGCGCCAUGAGCUCGGCCAUAUCCUCGGUCUUCGCCACGAUAACGCUGGCGUCGCGGAAGGUGAUUGUCCUUCGGCUGCGUUGACGCCCCCCAACCCGGACUCCAUCAUGAUGUCCCCCCUCGCCGCCAAAGGCAUACAAGAAUCGGAUUUCGAGGCGCUCAAAAUGCUUUACAGUAUGGACGAUAAUGGCACGCAUGCCGGAUUCCAGGUUGUAACGAUCGAUCCGUAUACGCUGGAGUCACCGAGCUACGGAUAUUCCUCAAAGAUUCUGCAUGGGAAGGCCAGGCAUGUUAGCGUUGGGGCCCGGGCUACCCAUGCGCAGCAUAAAACUAUCAACCUAGGCCUAGUCUCGAUUUUUGUCUGCUUUUUUCUCUUUUUCGCUUCGAACGCAAGGAUCGUCGUGGUCUUCUAGUCAUGAGGGCGGGUACUGUAUGAGCAGGUUGUAGAUAAUACAUGAGGGCUUGGGAAUGGAUGAUUUGGUGUCUCAAGGAUGGUGGCUUCUUGUUGCAGCAAAAGCCAUGCCUCGGAAAAGUUUGUUUAGACUCGGAAAAGUUUGGUUAGACUCGGAAAAAGUAGAGUAACGGUCCUGUGGCGACGCAACCGUGGACAGGCUUGGUUCAACUUAGAAUGGGAGUGACUGGUGAUAGAAUGAUCAUCAAUAGUCUUUCAACAGACCUAUGUAGUUUAUAAGUCUUCGUAUUCUCUUCUUCCAUGUGUAAACAUGCGC